UUUGAACGUAUUUCAUUGUCUCCCAAGACGAGAUUUGACAGAAUCUGGGUCAACUCUGCAGUAAUUUCUGGAGGAACGACUGGUUCCAUGGAUAGAGGCAGUGAGGGAAUCACUGGUGGCGCUAUCGAAUCGGCCUUGAUUCCGGGUGUGUCUUCCAAGUGGGCUGGUAGGAAUAAGGAAGGACAAAUUGAACGAUAGAGCGCGAUGAUACAACAGGCCAAAGAGUGACAACCAAGGAGAACUCAGAAAGUUCAGACCCAGAAUUGAGAACGCCCUUUUCGCUUCCGUCAGGUGAUCAUGCGUGUAUUCCUUCCCUCGACGUCCCAUAUUCACUAGGCGUUAUGGAAGGUACCUAUUCCCCUUCGCAGCUGCCUGCAUCUUCAAUCAAAUACCACCAUUCAUACUUCACGCCUGCGGAAGUUGAGAUUAUGUCAGAGAAGCAAAGAGGAAAGAUGACUGUCACACAAGAAGACAAGAUUCGUCAAAAUGCUUGUGGAUUCAUUGAUGCUAUUGGGUCCCGGAUUGGGUUCCCAAGAAGAACUAUCGCGACGGGUCAGAGUCUCUAUCAUCGUUUCCAUCUUUUCUUUCCUAGGAAAGACUUCAAUUUCCAUGAUGUCGCCCUCGCCGCCUUGUAUGUCUCUACCAAAAUGCACGACACACUCAAAAAACCUCGAGAACUGCUUGCCGCUUCGUAUGCCAUCAGAUUUCCUGAUCUUCUCUCGAAAUCCAAAAGCCCUUUUGGGGAAGUCGACAUCGACACGGUGGACCCGCAACUUGUAGAACAUGACCGACAACGGUUGCUUGCCGUGGAACGUUUGAUCCUAGAAACUAUAUGUUUCAACUUCACAUCUCGAAUGCCCUUCUCGUAUGUCAUCAAAAUGGGCCGUGCUCUUGGAGCGAGCAAAAAGUUAACCAAGUUGGCCUGGCGUCUGGCAAUUGAUUCACAUCGAACAUUUAUCCCAAUUGAAUAUCCGCCUCACACUGUGGCAUUAGGAAGUAUCUAUGUUGCCGCAAUCCUUGGAUCUUUUGAACAACCUGAAGGAGAAGAGCGACAAGAAAAUCUCAAACUCGCUGGAUCGUUGGGCCAACGCGGAGACUGGGAACAACAGUUCCAAGCUCAUUUGGAGGAUCUAGAAGCAAUCGCACACGUCAUGGUUGAUCUGCUCAUUCAACGUGCUCAGACAACCGCAAAUACAUCUCCUGCAACGCCUUCUUCACCGUCUCCUCAUCCUUCACCCCGCAAUGCUUAUUUAUCAUCGAUUCAAUCCAAUCCUACAAAUCCCUUUAAUACUGACCAACUCAUUCGCCUCAAAAUUGCUAUGCGGGAAUCUGAUCACGAUCCUCGACCCAGAGAAUCUUGGCAAGAUCCCGACUCUGCCAGUGCAGUCGGGCGGGAAGUUAUCGGCCGGAACGAAGGCACUGUGAGAUUCUUGUUCGAACCACCAGGUUUUGCUGGUCGUUCAUAGACUGUGCAACUAUAUAUAAGGGAAAUGUUCUGGUAAUAUAAACACAGCAAUCGGUUACUAAUUUUGUAAUAUCGCAUACAGCGAGGAAGUAAGUUUUGAAUCAUCAAAUUUUGUGCAUC